AUGCAAAACCGUGGAGGUCAGGACCAUGUUGGAGGAGGGAGCCAUCGCAAAUGCCACUUCCUCCGCCCCUCAUCACGACGCCUUCGAAGCGGAGAGAUCCACCUUUGCUGGAUCAUGGAAACUGUCUUGACGGUCAGCCAGUUCCUCACGUCUCUACACAAUCAGAGACACCAGAUGGGCCCAAACUUUGGCUUCAGUUUUCUGGUUGAAAGGUGCCAAGUUCGAGUCCAGAAGUGA